ACAGGGAGAGCCAGGAAGGCAGCGUGCCCUGAAUGCAGUAUUCGCCAGGCUCUGGACCCCUCCCCCGAUGCCAAUGUCAACCCAGAAGUGAUCGCGCCGGCUGCUUAAAGGAGAUGUUCUAACUGCAUGUCGAUUCACAGCCGGCGGGGCUGCCGAGGACGCCUGAUCUACUCCUUCUAGAGCUGAUAGGCCUCUCCCUCCCUCACAUUAAUCCAUACAGCUGUCUCCCUGUACUGCAAACAGCACCCCCCCCCCCCCACUUCUCCCUUAAUCUCUCCUUCACGCUCUCCUGUUGGACUCUCUACAACUGGCGUCUGCUUGAAGUUCGUGCCGUUGUCUCCAGAGCUGACUUUAUGAUGGCUUCGCUGUAUCAGAGAAUCACAGGGCAGAUCAACACCUCCAGAUCUUAUCCAGCUCCCGCUGAAGCCAGUCACCUUCUCGGUGGCCAGUGCAAUGAAGAGGACAACGGAGGGAAAGCUGCACGGCCACUGGAAGAUAACCGAGCCCGGUAUCAUUACCAGCACAGAGCUGACUGCGAGGAUGAUGAUGAGCUAGUGGGGAGUAACCCUCCGCAGAGAAACUGGAAAGGGAUAGCAAUCGCACUUCUCGUUAUCCUGGUUAUCUGCUCGCUGAUUGUUACCUCAGUUAUCCUCCUCACCGAACCUGAAGACAACAGCCUGGCAUUGAAGGCGAAGGUGAGAAUUGAUGAUCUCUUCAGCGAGGAAUUCCAGAUUCAUGAUGUGGAAGCCAAGUGGAUUAGCGAUACUGAACUGCUGUAUCGGACGUCAGAUGGAAAUCUGGAGAGACGGAAUAUUGAAACCAUGGAAAAGUCAGUUCUGAUGACGGACCGGAAAUUUGAAGAAUUUAAAGUUAGCAGAUACGAAGUAUCACCAGAUAUGAAAUAUGUGCUCCUUGCAUACAAUGUUAAAAAGACUCAUCGGCAUUCUUUCACAGCCUACUACACCCUGUGCAAUUUACACACUUGGGAGCACCUUACCUUGAACCCACCUGAGGUUAGGGAUGCAGAAUUGCAGUAUGCCGGCUGGGGAGUCCGAGGCCAACAGCUGAUUUUCAUUUUUGAGAACAACAUCUUCUACCAACUGAAUGUUAAUAGCCGUGCUAUACGUCUCGUAGCGACUGGGAAGGAGGGGGUCAUUUUCAAUGGCCUGAGCGACUGGCUAUACGAAGAAGAACUUCUGAAAACCAAUAUUGCUCACUGGUGGUCCCCAGAUGGAGCCAGGCUGGCCUACGCUACAAUUAAUGAUUCAAAGGUCCACACGAUGGAAAUCCCGAUGUACCUUAGCUCCCUUUAUCCCACCGGAAAGACAUAUCCUUAUCCAAAGGCUGGCCAAGAAAAUCCAACAAUCUCACUGUUUGUGGUGAACUUGAAUGGACCAACUCAUACUCGCGAGGUGAUCCCUCCAGAGGACACCAGAAUGAAGGAAUACUAUAUUACCAUGGUGACGUGGGCAAGUAGUAUUAAACUUGCAGUGAACUGGCUGAACAGAGCCCAGAAUGUUUCCAUUCUCACCUUAUGUGAGGCCACGACAGGGAUUUGUACUAAGAAACACGAGGAUGAAAGUGAAAGCUGGCUGUCAAGGCAGAACGAGGCCCCUUUAUUUUCCAAAAAUGGGAAGAAGUUUUUUUUUAUCCGCCCACUCCCGCAGGGAGGCAGAGGGAAGUUUUGCCACAUCUCCAUGUCAUCUGCUCAGGUUAACAAUAGUAAUGAUAAUUUACAGUCCAUCACCUCUGGUAACUGGGAUGUGACGCAGAUCUUGUCAUAUGAUGAAGUGCAUCAAAAAAUAUACUUUCUGAGCACAGAAGACUCCCCUUUGCGUCGACAAUUGUACAGUGCAGAGACCAACGGAACCUUUAAUCGACGCUGCCUGUCCUGUGAUCUAAUCCCGAAUUGCACCUAUUUCAGUGCAUCAUUCAGCCACAACACGCGUUACUUCUUGUUGUAUUGUAAAGGUCCAAGAGUCCCAAGGGUCACAGUUCACAGCACCAGUGAUCAUCAAAACAUUUUUGAGUUGGAGCUGAAUGACAAGGUGCAAAAUGCUACUGAGAGAAUGCAAAUGCCCAAAAUAGAAUUCCAGGAUGUACAGAUAAAGGAUUACACACUGAAAAUGCAAAUUAUGAAACCAGCAGCAUUCUCAAAUAAGUCCCGAUACCCUUUGUUACUUAUUGUUGGUGAUAGUCCUGGUAGCCAGAUUGUCACAGAGCAAUUCCAAGUAGAUUGGGCAACUGUGCUGGUGAGUUCAUUCGACACCAUUGUGGUAAAAUUCGAUAGUCGUGGCAGUGGUUUCCAAGGCACUAAACUGCUGUACGAAAUAAAAAGAAAUCUGGGCAUAGUGGAAGUAAAGGAUCAAAUUGAUGCACUAAAGAGCCUCCUGAAGGAAGAUUACAUUGACCCAAACAGAGUUGGUGUUUUUGGGCAGGCUUAUGGUGGUUACUUGAGUUUGAUGCUGCUAACCACAGAAAAAGAAUUUGAUAAAAAAAAUACCCUAUUCAAGUGCGGAAUAGCACUUUCUCCAAUCACAGACUUUAAACUCUACGCCUCAGCAUUCACCGAGCGAUAUUUUGGUACGCUCAGCAGAGCUGAUAGAGGUUACGGGAUGUCGGAGUUAGAAUACCGAGUGACGCGACUCCAAGAGGAGGAAUUGUUGCUAAUCCACGGAACCGCAGAUGAAACUGUUCAUUUCCAACAUACAGCAGACCUUAUAACUCACUUAAUCAAUGCAAAGGCUAAUUAUUCAUUGCAGAUAUAUCCUGAUGAAGGCCACUACAUGGAGAAACCCACAGUUAGGCUACACCUACACAAAACCAUUAUCAGAUUCUUCGAGAAAUGCUUCAAGUGCCCAAACAGGAACACAGAGACGUCGAAAGUAGGGGAGGAAGAGGAUGACUAGAUCGUUUUUGAGUGGCUUGCCAAGCACAAACAUCUCUUUUAUAAAACACAACUGAUUUUGUUUUCCAGAACAGUGUUAUGUUUAGCAUGUUACAAAGACUGAGAGCAGUUACUGCCUGCUUCACUGACAUCACUGCGGUCUCAUCAGAAGAACCUCCAAGCAUGAAAUUAACAAUCAGAGUGGUUGACUGUUCCGGUGUAAUUGACAUCCCUGCCCCUCCCCAACCCCUUGACCCCCCCUCACUCUCCUCCCCCUCCUAGAAAACUAAAACGUCAACCUAUGUAAUUUGUCAUGUGAUGGGCGGGUGCGUCACAGAAUACACUUAAUGGAUGAUCGAGGAGAGCAUCGGCAGGUUCAGAGGUCGAAUAGAUCAAGAAAGUAGAUCAACAAACCUCUGCAAACACCUUGUCAGGGUCACCCUAGGUGUGAAGAAGAACAGCAAAACCACCCUUGGUAUGAUCAGCAAACAUUUCAUGGUGUGAGAUGGAAAUCCUACUGCACCAGCUGCAGUUUCAGAGCACAACCAGAAAGACGACAGUUAAAUCCUUUCACUCGCAGUGGAACCUCCAUUACUUGUAUUUCAGUUGUCCACCUACACCCAUCCCACCCUCCCCAUUUGGUCAUGAGGAUUUUCAUAGAACAAAUUGCAGGUGAGAGAUAACCUCAUUGCUGUAUUUGCCUCUCCUUCUUGAUCAUAAGUCAACCACAUUGCCCACAAAUUAUAAAUAUUCACUAUAUAUAUAGCUCUCGUCUCCAUUCUAGUCUCUAAGGUAUUGGCAGGACCAUGGUGAUUUGCAAUGACUUCUUCCAAAAUGGCAAUUUCAUUGCUAAUAUGGCAGAUAAUUAAGGUUUUGCUUGUAUUUCCACAGUUCGGAGCCAUUUAGUUUUACUCAACGUGGGGCUGCAUUGUCCAAAAAAUGUUAACUACCACUCCUUCACUGUAUGAACAUAGUAUAUUUUCCAUUCUUCUUCUCUCCUGAAUGUGUGCACAACAUUCGAUGGUCAUCUUCAGUUUGCCCCAUUCUAGCGGGAGCAUUAAAGGCUAACUGCGAAAUUCAGUGUUCCUUUGCUGUAACUUGAAUGAAUGUAUAUCCUUGAUGCUGACAAUAAUGUUGCAGGUUUCCAAAUGCCUUUCUUCUAUGUAUGUUGUGUAACAGUCUUAUAACAUUCAUCUGUGCAUGACAACAGACCUUACCAUCUCUGGAAUGGUUGCAAAAUGCUUGCUUUCGGUGUACCGUUGCUCUUUUCUGGCAAUGUGAACUUUAAUUUAAUAUCUCCCUGUUUUCUUUUCUCGAUAGCUAUCAAGCAUCAACAGGGUUGCCCUCACCAUCCACAUCACAUUUCUCAUUGAAUUAGUGUUGAUGUUCAGUAUAUAUUUCUUUUUAACCCUCUGUGUGCAAUAAUUACAUUGCAAGUUCAAGUCACUCAUUGAUUUGGAAAUAUCAGACCUCUGCACCCCAGAGAAACUGUAUUCAUCAUCCAGUUUGCCCCAAUUGAUCUUGUUAUUUUAAAGCAACUUUACACUUAUCCAUCAUAAGUGAAAGGGAUAGAUGGACAACAAUAAUCAAGUCAUUAAGGUUUUGUAUUUGUUCUUAAAUAAAAUGGCAAAAAAAGCAUCCUAACAUAUUUUGCAUACAAGUUACUGUUAGACCUCACGUACUAAAUAUUGUUGUGGUUUGUGAAAAAUCUUAUUGGUUAUAUUUUUUAAUUAUUCUGAAAAUAACUGAGGGUGGAGAGGGGUGAAACAUAUUGUCAUUCGUGGAACAAAAGAAAAGGUUGAUGUAGCGCUCGGUGAAUCUACAAUGCAGACAAUUCCUUGUGAAAUCAUCUCUGAUUCAUGGAUUUUUGUUUUGCAUUCUGCCUACAGGUUUAGUAAAUGGCUCAUUUUGCAAUGUAACCCUCCCACCUAGGAAUGUCAAUGACUCCCCUUUGCUUAAGCUCCUUCAAUUUCAGAACCAUGAGGAUACCGGUUGUAAAAUUAGACUAGACUAAGGAAACACCAAGGGCUGGAUUUACUUGCUGGAAUUCGGACCUCAGCAUCGGGCCUGUAUGGGGCUUUCAAGCCCACCUCAUCCUGGCAGCCUGCUAAUUGAUCACUUCCAUGUUUGACAUCCUACUAGAGAUGAGGAGUGAGCUCCCAGGGCUAGACGUGCAAUCAGAGAGCCCACAGUAAAGUCAGGUUGGCAUAGGUGGUGGCUGCAACGGAGCACUCUUGGUUGCCUACAUAAAUGUAAUGGAACAAGGGUGGCAUGGUGGCUCAGUGGUUAGCACUGCUGCCUCACAGUGCCAGGGGCCUGGGCUCGAUUCCACCCUUGGGCAACUGUCUAUAUGGAGUUUGCACAUUCUUCCCAUGCCUGUGUGGGUUUCCUCCGGGUGCUCCGGUUUCCUCCCACAGUCCAAAGAUGUGCAGGUUAGGGUGGAUUGGCCGUGCUAAAUUGCCCAUAGUGUUCAGGGAUGAGUAGAUUAGGUGGGUUAUAGGGGGAUGGGCCUGGGUGGGAUGCUUUGAGGGUUGCUGUGGACUUGUUGGGCUGAAGGGAGUGUUUCCACACUUUAGGGAUUCUACAUAUAAUGAUGCCCACAGCCAAUAGGAAGUUUGAGGUGGAGGGCAAGCCCCUUUUUGUGGGAUAAUGAAGGCCAGUGGAAAGCUUUUCAUCUUCCAUAGUCCUGUCAUUUGGGCAUGGAACCUUGGUCCUGGUGGCUGCUGUUGGAAGACUGCUUCAAGUGGGCAUUUCCCUGAUACCCCCCCCCACCCCCCAGCAAAGGUGGUGAUAAGCCAUUUUGUUUAAACUCCCAUCUUCCUUCCCCCACAACCCCCACCUCCAAGGUUAGGAAAAUCCAGCCCUUGUGCCCUUAUCCUCAUUCUGAAUAGCACCCUCACAGCAUCAGACUAUUUCUUAAAUUACCCCUGGUCUUAGCCAGCCUGCCGAAGAAACCUAUCGCAAUGUAGACUGUGUGAAGAAACAUUUUUGAAUGAUGACAAUUAACCCUGUUUUUUUUGGAGUAAUCGCAUCCAAUAUCCUUUCAAGCCUUUAUAUGUUGGCACUUUCAUACUGGUACAUCUAAUGACAAAAUAUUCUGUGACGGUUUCACCACUGUGAUGAAGAUGGAGGAUUGGGACCUAAGAAAGAAAUGCGAAACAAUGGAAGUCCUGAUACUUUGCCAUCUAAGUACUAACAUGUUGCCACCUUACUACCAAUCCUGUACCACAACUUUAUAGUUUAGCACCGGUCACAUUAGAAAACCACAUUAUAAAAUCUUGCUGUCAAAGUAUCAAUAACUACUCCUAUAGGCAAAUUUAUGUGGUUGUUUUAACCAUUUCAUUUUUCUUAAUGCUGUGUAUGUAAAACUGUCUCAAUGAGUUGAUGAUAUAAUCAUUUCCUACCAAACUUAUUCAAUAAACCAACUUGAAUUCUGAGA